AAAUCAACUACUGUCAAUAAAUCUACUAAAACCUGCGACAUAAUCUUAAUUCUUCCGACAGAACUUACACAUGAAAUCUUUGGAAGUUUACCGCUUGCUAGUAUUUGUAAUGCAUCGGUAGUUUCCAGACGUUGGCGACAUUUUAUUAUUAAUUCCAAAUCUUUAUGGCAAAAUUUAGAUUUCACAUUUCUUCGAAAGUCUAAUAUGAUUACUGACAAAGUUGUUAGUACAUAUGUGAACCGUGGAAAAUUACGAAUUCAUAGUUUUAUAUGUCAUAAUGCUGUAAAGCUUACAGAUAAAACUUUGAAUGCUUUUAGAGCAGUUCCUUGUUAUCAUUUGAGUACUUUCAUAUUAACUUCCAAUAGAUUGAUUACUGAUACAGCUAUUAUCAUAUUCAUUCGUACUAUUGGUUCACAAUUAAGGAUAAUUAAUUUGUCUGAUACCCUAAUUUCUAAUAGGGCA